CGAAACAAAAAUAUAUUGCAGUAUAUUGGAAAAUAUCAUGUAAUAUAUUAGGCAACAUAUUCCCAUAUAUGGGAUUUAAUAUUUAUAUUUUCCAAUAUAUUGAAAUAUAUGCAUGAAACAUACAUGUAUAUAUGAUACAAAAUAUAUUGCAAUCAAGAACAAAAAGGGCACUAUAUUUUUUACAUGUAAUAGUUUGUCUUUAUAUGCUUUGAUAUAUUGCAAUAUAUGCAUAGACCAUACAUGUAUAUAUGAGACAAAAUAUAUUGCAUUCAAGAACAAAAAGGGCACUAUAUUUUUUACAUGUAAUAGUUUGUCUUUAUAUGCUUUGAUAUAUUGCAAUAUAUGCAUAGACCAUACAUGUAUAUAUGAGACAAAAUAUAUUGCAUUCAAGAACAAAAAGGGCACUAUAUUUUUUACAUGUAAUAGUUUGUCUUUAUAUGCUUUGAUAUAUUGCAAUAUAUGCAUAGACCAUACAUGUAUAUAUGACACAAAAUAUAUUGCAUUCAAGAACAAAAAGGGCACUAUAUUUUUUACAUGUAAUAGUUUGUCUUUAUAUGCUUUGAUAUAUUGCUAUAUAUGCAUAGACCAUACAUGUAUAUAUGAGACAAAAUAUAUUGCAAUCAAGAACAAAAAGGGCACUAUAUUUUUUACAUGUUAUAGUUUGUCUUUAUAUGCUUUGAUAUAUUGCAAUAUAUGCAUAAACCAUACAUGUAUAUAUGAGACAAAAUAUAUUGCAAUCAAGAACAGAAAGGGCACUGUAUUUUUUACAUGUAAUAGUUUGUCUUUAUAUGCUUUGAUAUAUUGCAAUAUAUGCAUGAAACAUACAUUUAUAUAUGAUACAAAAUAUAUUGCAAUCAAGAACAAAAAGGGCACUAUAUUUUAUAUAUAUAUAUAUAUAUAUAUAUAUAUAUAUAUAUAUAUAUAUAUAUAUAUAAAAUGCUCGAGUAGGAAGCUGAGAUUCAGGCGUGAAGAGAGGACAGGAUGCGUAACAGACACCAGCAACAAGGAGGCUGAUAGAUAGGUCCUGACCUAUGAUCCUGACCCACACUCCUAAUCAGUAGGUGGCGGUAAUGCCACUAAAAUUUGUUUGCCAACUGCCAGUAAAACUCAAGAAGAAGAAGAAGGCUGAUGUCAGCAGGCUCCAAGGAAACUUCAAGUUUUAAAAGAUGCUGUUUUAAAACAGUUUCCUAUAAGGCCAAGGAAGCUGAUGUCAGAAAAUCUAUCAACAGUAGAAUCUGCAAGCUAAUGGCAUUAAGACACCAGGUGAAGAGCAAAAGCAUGGGUAUGUAAGUGGUUUACAUCAGUGAAGAACCAAGGUGGACUCCUAACCAGGAUAAUGGACUGUUCUUUUGGCAAAUGUUUUUUUUUUCUGCUUUUUCACGGUUCCCAAAACUUCUUGAAAGUUUGUUUAUUAUUUAUUUGUUCAUUAUUGU